AUGCCAACCGAGUUUGACUUCGCCGAGGUGACACUACACAUCAUCCCAAAGAAAGGCACUGAGACAGAAACAGGCGCCGAGAUCAAGGCGUCGUCUCCCAAGACCUUCUCUUUCGAUGUCACUUUUGUUCGUAAAUAUGUGGCGAACCCACAGGAUGAAGAUGGAGGUGUUGGUAGCACCCAGGUAGAUGUUCCAGCACAGGAACCAGUGCUAAUCCACGACUCCCUGAGAAUUACACGCAGUGAGCCGUUCGGGAAGGAUGUCGUUUUGCAUGACGUCUAUCUAGGCGAGCCACUAAAGUUCAAAUUCCUCUACGCAGAUGGUCGCACUGCCGUAGAGAAGACGGCUAUAUUGAGGAAGGACCCGGCCGGAGACACUGACGGAUCACCCGAGAACACGAUCAGCACAACGAUAGAGCUCAGCAAAGAGGACAUCGAACGUAUGGAAGCGAUCCCAUCGCGUCCAGGAGAAGUGCUAAGCGACAUCAAAAGAUCGGCUCGGCUGGUGUCACUGGACCCACAGCUUCAGCAGAUCAACUUCCCGCUCGCCCAACUCUUGGUCGUUCCAAUCAGAUUCAACGAUCUCCCUCCUGGCAACCCGAUCGAUCCCAGCAAGAGCCGAAGUGGACAACCGAGUCUGGGGGAGACGACCCCAACACAGUGGAAAGGCUCUGGCUUCGAAGACAUUGUGAGAUCAGAAACCCCCAGAUCUAAACCUGUAACUGGCUCCAAGAUAUGUGAAACUUCCAUCGCUGAUGCCAUACUUGGCUUGAACUGGAAGCAUACCCGGGUGGCGGUCGACGGCAGUUUCACUGCAACCUUUGAACCUGGCUCCUGGAAUGCAUGGGCUUGGAUGCUGUUUGGUGGUGGCGCUCAGCAUCCGAUCAUCGGACUUGUUGUAGAGCCGUUGGCGUUUUCAAUUGACAGAACUCGGUCGAUAUUUCUGCCUCAGCCUGCCAAAAGGUCUGAAGCCCAACCCGGUUCUGAUGAUGGAGCAUCCAAGACCACAGCCUCGGCGCCAUCCACACAGCAACCAACGAAGACAGGCCGGGGAAGGGUACCAGUGGAUGUAUCGGCUGCAGAGCUCGCAACCAACCCUGAUGUGUAUACUGAGGACCCUGGAGCUUUCUGCAGACCCUUCAGCAAUCCCCAACGGGUUUUGUCAGAAAGAUCCUUCUUCUCCGUUCUGCGUACGGAGAUGCCUGCCAUCUCAGCAGAGUCGUCAGUCAAACUUGAGGAACCUGCUCAAUUAGACUUCGAUCCUCCCAAAGAUAUGCUGGCUGCACUCAGGGAAAGCACAAGCUCCGCCAUCAUUGCUCCAUCCAUUACGUUGACCAUGUCAGAGGUUCCAACCGUUGCCACAGGCAAGGGAUUCCGUACCGACAUCGGUCAGGGCCUGGCAAUGUACCUUGAUCGCCUGCCCGAGGAGCUUCAGAAACACUACAGUAAACUAAGUCAUUCCCGGGUGGAGAUGAGUGCAACACAACCGCUGCAGUGGAAUAGCGAGAGUACCAGGUAUCAAGCCACCACUGUUGCUCGUGGCCACAUCUUGGAAUUUCGUGUGCGUACUCGAAGCAAUGGGUACAGCUUAGGUGGUGUGGCAAAGACUCUAACUCUUGCACCGCGGCAGACGAAGCGAAUUCAGAAGAUUUCCUGGUCUAGAGCAGAACAAAGCUCCCGGGCAGAGACACAAGACUCUCAGGACGCUGUCGACGACCUUGUGAGCCACGAAAAUUCCUACGAGAAUGCGGUGGCGGCCAAUCUCACUGAAUGGGCUCAGGGUAGCUCUAAGAGCAAGGUUUCAGCCGCGGCUUUCGCUGCUGGUGGCAUCCUUGGUCAACUGCCCAUCGCUGUCGGAGGAGGUGCAGCUACAUCAACUGCGACUUCCGGUAGCCAGCAGUCUGGGGGAAGAGACGCUUCUGCAAAAGAAGAAGGGCAGUGGCGGGGUGCGAUUGAGCGUCAUGGGGAAUCGGUCAGGAAGUUCGAGAGUACGAUUGUGCAAGAGGUGGCCCAGGAGGAGGAAGUCACCGGCACAGUUGAAGUCGUCCGGAACAUCAACUAUGCCCAUAGCCUGACUGUCAUCUACCACAACAUACUGAGGCACCAGCGGGUCGAUACCGAGUUUGCCGGGGUGAGAGAGUGCUUGUUCGUCCCCUUCAGCAUGAAGCCUUUCACCAUGGCAAGGGCAUAUCGCUGGAGAGAGACUAUCAGACGCAUUUUGAGAGAUAGGCGGUUCAACCAUGCAAUGGAAUAUCUCCGAGACGUGCUCACCGGGUUUCGGUCAUCCACAAUCCCACCAGGUCGUCGCGCGGAUCAUGCCAUACGAUCGAUGUAUGGGUCCGUCUACAUUGAACUCGGCAUAGCCCGACCCAUGGACAACGACAAAGGGGAAUUCAGCCAGGAUUCCUGGACAACACUGACGUCUUUGUUGGGACUUCCCACUCGAGCCACCUGGCAAUCUUUGGCAGGCCUUUCGGAUCUAAAUCGCGAACCCGAGUUUCAGCGACUAUAUGCCCCGGGGAUCGCAGCCAAAUGGUGUAACUCUCUGCAACUCUGGGGAGCAAACCGAAAUUUGGAGGCUGACUUUACCUUGGCCACUCGCCAUGUCUUUGGUAGACAAGUUAGGGUCGACUUCCAAGUGGACACCAGUAACAUGAACCUUGGUCGAGCGCAGUUGACUACACUUGUCGUCCGAGCGACUAGAGGUCUUCCUCCGGGCUCCCUUGCGAAUGUCCGAAGCAUCAACUACACAUAUCAGACCGACUAUGUGACUCGGUCCAUCUCUCUCGGCCAAGGUGCGAAUGAUUUGGUGGACCCUACCAGUGGGGGGGUCGACCGCGAAGGGGCAGCUUUCCAAUCGCCCAUCACGCUCUUCGAAGCGCAAAACCUCAGGAUGGAAUUGGUUCACGACACUAUGGAGCUCUUGCAGCAUCUCAAUGAACAUAUUGAGUACUACCAUCGCAUGAUCUGGUGGUACAUGGACCGGGAUAGACUUUUCAUGCUUCUGGAUGGCUUCUACGUCCCUCGCCUGAAGCCCGAAACAAGUAUCGCGAACAUUGUAGAGAGAAACCCGCUCGGCGUGGCUGGCAAUUCUCUCAUAUUCCGAGUUUCAGCUGGAUGUUUCCUUGGGACGCCAGAGCUGCCGACUGCCAACGACCUUGACAGCUGGUACCGAUCCAGCGGCCCACCCGCGGACCCAAUGCACAUCAGUCUGCCAACUGACGGCCUCUAUGCACAGACCGUGAUGGACGAGUGUGAAGCGCUCGAGGAGCAUUAUGGAAGUCUUGAUUGGGCACUGAACGAUGCCGACCCCGAGCUGGGCUCUAUUGACGCAAAUUUGCUGACCUCUCGCCGCAGUGAUCCAAAUGUUGGGACCACCCCGACCAAGCUUCCAGAUACGCUCAUCAGCCUCCAGAAUGCCAGCCCAGCUCCUGCCCCGCAAGGGUUUGAUGGUAUAUUGGGCACCAUUGGCAACGCUAAUUUGUUCCGUGACAUGGCCGGGCUAGCUGGCACUCAGGGACUGGCGGCUCAAGGGCUUGAAACCACCUCUGGCCUGGCAGCCAACGCCUUGAAUCAGGCGGCUGCACUCAAAUUGGCCGAGAUGGCCAGUAAAACAUCGGCCACCGCGAACGCGGAUCGCAAACUGGCCACACUUCAACGGGCCGUCAAGAAGGAACUGAUCAAGGAUGAGGCCGUAGUCAGCCAGAUUGCAACAGAUAUCCAAGCCGACUCGAAUGGCAUACCUCCGACUCAGCCAAAGGCCAGUGAAGAAAUCACCCCGAGGGAGUGUGGAGAAGUCAUCAAGAUCCUCGAAGGUGAGCAGAAGAAGGGGAACAUCACAAACGAGGAGAAGAAGGACGGGAUCCGGAAGCGGACCAGGAAUCUUCCUGGCGGCCGCUCUCCAGCCCCAUCCGAAAAACUGUAUCCUCUGACAAUCGAGUUUGUUGGGAUCAGUGACCGGCCCCUUGCCGGCCAUUGGGAGUGCUCCCUCGGCCAGGUCCGUCUUGUGGACAACAAGAACACACUCGUGGAGAUAGCCCGUGGCGAAGGUGAGGACCUGAGCGAACCCGGGAUCGUCAAGAUGGUCUUGCCGCGCAUUCGCGGACGCCACAGCAGUAUCUACACCCUUUUGGUGAAAGGCUACAUCUUCGACGGGUUCAUGACACCUGCCCAGCCAGCAUGGAUGGAACAGAAACUUAACAACGUCAAUAUCCCCGACCAGUUAUUGGAUCAGAACGGCUCCGUGACGGCCACGGUGCGCGCCAUGCACGGCAAAGUCACCACCUCCAAGACGACGGGAAAGGAGUUGUCCAACGAUAUCAACCAGGGACGGAAGUCGGGCGGUGAGUCGAGCGGCAGUGUUAGCAUCGAGGGAGACCCGUCAGCAGUCUUCGGCGCGGGUGGGAAGCUGGUCGACUUCAUCGCAGAGCUCGCAAAAGGGAUCGCAACCUUGAAAGGAGAAGGGAGCGUCACCGUCUCCGGCGAGUUGAGCAGCGGCGAGACCCAGAGCAAACUCGAGAAAAUUGAAGAGACUCAGACCUGGGAAAUCGAGUACUAUACGGGCACGUUCGAGCACGUCGUCGAAGUGAUUUAG